AGGGUCCAUAGAUAAUAGCAAACUCGUAGCAAAGCCGAGAAGCGGCAAUAAACGAGACGAUUUCUGUUUCUAUUGCAAAAAAAUGCAGACGGUCAUCAGUCGUCAUUUGGAAACCGUCCAUAAGGAUGUUGACGAAGUAAAAAGAUUCGCAAUUCUUCCAAAAAACAACCCGGAACGAACGCAACUAAUCGAUUUAUUGAGAAAAAAAGGAAACCAUUUGUACAAUACGAGUUCCGAUUACAAUAAAGAUGGUAAACUAUUAGUAGCACGAAGGCCGAAGCAGGAACGACCUGGUACUCAAUAUACACCCUGUCAUAAUUGUCAUGUGAGUCUUUCAAAAAAGAGUAUCCGACGUCAUCGUCAAAAAUGUGUUGGAGCUUCUACGAAAGGUGAUCGAGCGAACACCAUAUUGUCACGACGUACUGAUGGAAGAAUUCAUGCAAACGCAAGUAAACAAUUGCAGCGCAUAUUUGCAGUUUUUAAUGAUGAUCUUGUCGUACAAUUAAUAAGAUACGACGAAUUGCUUAUUGAAUUCGGCAAUGGAAUGGCUGAAAAGUAUAAAAAAGAUCAGCAACAAGCUAUGAUCCGAAAUCGAUUAAGAACCCUCGGUCGUCUUCUCGAAGAAAUGAAAAAAUGCAGAUUGAACGCAGAACCGAAAAUAACAGAUUUCGCUUCGAUUUAUGAUCCAGGAUUGUAUGACUGUAUGCUAAGAGCAGUCAACACUUUGGCUCGUUUUAAUGAAGAGACCGGCGAACACGAAGUCCCAUCAAUCGUUACAUCUCUCGGAACGUACAUAAAAGCCGUUGCUGAAGUGGCAUUGCUCGUUGUGAGAAAAAAAAAAGAUAGAGAAAAACAACUAUUACUCGAAGAUUACAUCUUUAUCCAUGACAAACAAUAUAGCACUAAAAUUAAUAGAGUUGCACACGAAUCCCAAGCUAAGAAAAAACGUCAACAGAAGAAAGUAUUACCAAGUACUGAUGAAAUAAAAAAACUGCAGGAUUACGUCGUCAUCAAGAGAGAAAAAGCAUUCGUUCAACUAAGUGAACGUUAUACCUAUUCUGCGUGGCUAGAGCUGGCUAAAACGACGCUAAUUAGUAUCCAAAUUUUUACUCGACGUCGAGCUGGUGAGUUGGAGAGAACAACGAUAUCGGACUUGAAAAAUGCUGAGACUGUUGAUGAAAAUACCAAUCCCGAGAUUUAUGGAAGCCUUUCCGAGGAUGAGAAAAAAUAUGCCGGACAAUAUACUCGAUUCAUUAUCACAGGGAAAUUGGGCCGUGAUGUACCCGUGCUAUUGGAUUCUAAAAUGCGGGACUGCUUGGAUCUUAUCUUGCGCUAUCGCUCUUCCACUAAAAUAACACCGAAAAAUCCUUAUGUUUUUGGUAUACCCGGUUUUGUUGAUGGGCGUUUUAAAUAUCUUCGAGCUUGCGAUUUGAUGCGGGAAUAUUCCCAAGAAUGUGGUGUUCAGCAUCCUGAGCGCCUACGCGGUACAUCUCUGCGUAAACACAUGGCUACAGUUUGUGCGGCUCGAAACAUGGAUGAAAAUAAAGUGGUAGACAUUGCCAAUUACAUGGGGCACGCAGAAACGAUUCACCGAUCUCACUACAGACAGUCCGUAGUCACGAGAGAUGUUGUUCAAGUUGCGAGAAUUCUUCGCAGUGCUAUGGGACAAGGCGAGAAUGUGGUAGCUGGAGAUGAUCAUACUGAUGACAAUCAAAAUUUUGAAGUUCGAACAAGCGAAGAAAAGCAAAAUAAAAAUACCAAUGCAAAUACAGAAUUGUUAGCUGUAGAAGCCGUUAAGAGUAACAAGAAAAAAAAAGUACUCGUGCCUGAUUCUGAAUCCGGCAGCAGUGAUGAGUAUGAGCCCAAUGAAGAGACCGAAAAUGAUGAUGAUUGUGACGAGGAUGACAUUGAGGAGGAUGAGCCAGCGCCGAAACGAAGGAAAAAAACCAAUUCGACCAAAAACAAAUCCUCCACCAGCAGGGUUGAUCUAUCAAAAAAAAGGAAAUUGCGAUGGACUCCGGAAGAAAAAGUUGCUGCUGCGACUGCUUUUGAGAACGGAAUAAAAAAUGGCAAACUGCCUAGCACGGCCGCAAUGAAAAAAUUUCUUAAAGACAACCCGCAAGUACACCGAACAGUUGCUCAAAUUCGCACGUGGGCUUCAAACGAAAAAAAAAAAUAUCAACGUGGAUAAGUACACGUUAACCUGAACGAUAUCGACGCACUCUAUUUUUGUGAUUAUUGAGAUCAGUCCAAUAGGCUUGGUGUAAACUCCUUACACAUACCAGUGAUUUUCUUUUACAUUCCUAGAGUAUAUGCUCUAUACUACGCAAGGUGCUCUAAAAUAUUUCACGCUAGACAAUGUUAAGCCCUUUUUAAAUCCGAAAAUCUAACAAAAUAAUAUUCGGAGAGGAAGAGACUGAAAGAUACUUAACAGUUAACAGUCAUUAUUUACAUAAUAUUCCGUUGAUUACAUAAACUAUCCUUUGAAACGAGAGAGUCAGCCAUCUAUCUUGUGAUGUAAAAUGAGGCAAUGAAAUUGUCAUCGAAGUUCAAAGUAUUCAAAAUUAAAUUUUGGAAAGUAUUUCUAGCUAGUAAGAUUUUUGUAAUCAAAUGAAAGAAUAUUGAACGGUAUUUGAUACGAAGAGCUAUUACAUUUAGAUUCAUUUGAUAAGUAUUAUUGUUUUCGAAAAGAUUUUAUUUUAUGUUCAGAAUUUAUUUGGCAUUUGAGAUUUUCCGACGUUCAAAAAUUUUUGAAUGUUGGGAUAUAGGUGAUAAAUCGCUGGCUAUUUGAGCAUUUACUUACUGUGAUUUACUUUUCUUUGUCAUACAUAAUUUUAAGAUAAUUCUUAAUGCAGAUUUAUAAGACAAUGUGAUACAUCGAAUCCCUAAAUAGUGGAAAAAUUUUUGAAAGUAUUUCUGAGUAAUGUAGGGUACCAGCUUAAAGAUAAAAUCAGAACUGUAGUUUUUGAAAAGUCUGAACUAAAUAGAUAUUUAUCUAUUUGCAGUUAUUUUUACUUAAAAAAUAAGUUGAAACCAAAAAAUUUAGAAUAAGUGCUUCGUAGCUGAAUUUUUAUAAAAAAAAAAUGCGGUGACAUUCUCAGAAUUA